AUGCCAACCACUGCCGACGUUCCACUUUUAUACGAGGCCCAUCAGCGGAUACACGGGUUUCCUAGGAUGUUAGGUAGUCUUGAUUGCACGCACUGGGAUUGGGCGGCAUGUUCAACCGCUUGGAAAGGGCAACACCAUCGUGAUGAACACGAUGGUCCUUCCCUAAUAUUACAAGCGAUUGCGUCUCAAGAUUUAUGGAUUUGGCAUGCGUACUUUGGCAUGGCCGGUGCGAACAAUGAUAUCGCAGUUUUACAAUCUUCGAAUCUUUUCGACGAUGUCAUAGAUGGUGUUGCACCAGAUACUUCAUUCUAUGCAAACGGCGUGGAGUAUAAGUAUGGGUACUCUCUCACAGACGGUAGUUAUCCGGAGUGGGCGACGUUGGUGGAAACACUUUCGUGUCCAGAUGACGAAAAAGAAAUGUAUUUCAAGAAGAAACAAGAGUCAGUAAGAAAAGAUAUCGAGCGGGCUUUCGGUGUGUUAAAAAAGAGAUGGUCUAUCAUCGACCAGCCGUCGAUGAUACUUGAAAAAAGUAAAAUGAGAAACUCAUUUGUACGUGUAUCAUUUUGCAUAACAUGA